AUGAAUCCUCAACUUCAACCAAUUGAAUACGACACAACAUUAGCUGCUUGUGAUGCAACAAUUACUACAGUUAUAAAUGCAUUGUUAAAAGAUUUUCUAACCCUAAAAUUUUCAACAAUAUGCUCCUCGUCCAGUUGUUCACCGGUAUUUCCCAUAUCAAAAGUUAAUUUAUCUUACCAAACAACAGAUGGAAAAAUAAGAAAGUUGCAAGAGUUUUUAGAUAACUGUAUCACACCAGAAAAAUCAAAAUGUGGUUACAAGUUGUCGGACACGCCAUGUGAAGGAAUAAAAGAAAUAAUUCCAACUAUUUCUGAACUACAUUUAUUUAUUGACAUAUUUUUCUGGGAAGGCGAAGAAAAUAGUUCGAAAAACAGAAGUUCUGAAACAACGGAACAAGUAAAAAUGAAACUAUGUGAUAUUCCACAAAUUUUAAUUCAUAAUUCAGUGACGUAUGAGCUAAGAGGCGUUAUAAGUUUUCACCUUGGCAAAUCUAAACUUCGAAACACCAUUGGUCAUUAUAAUGGAUACGCUAAAAGAGGUACCGGAAGUUGGGAUCUAUUCGAUGACCUGAAAAAAAAACCGAUACCCACCAAGGCGAGUAAAAUUGUUCCAGUUGAAACACUGAUGUAUACAAUUUAA